AUGGUGCAGGCGGAGCAGACCUACAAAUUCAAUGUAAAGAUGACAUGCACUGGCUGCUCAGGUCUCGUCUCUCGCGCAUUGCACCGAGCAAAGGGAGAUGGUGUGCGUGCUUUCACCGUGGACUUGGAUCGUCAGGAAGUGAUCGUGACGGGCACAAUACCGUACGACGAAGUUGUCGCGCGCAUAGCGCGCACAGGACGUGUAAUCCAGUCGGGCGCCGUAGUGCGCAAGUAG